AUGGCUGGCAAAUUUGCUGCUUUAACUUAUGCUUCUCUUCUUUCUCUGGCGCUUGUUUCCGCUACUCCACUCCAGCAACGUGAUGGUUCCUUUAAUGGAAAUGGUAACGGAAAUGGUAAUGUUGGCAGCUUUAACGGCAAUGGUAAUGGAAACUGGAACGAUGGCUCCUUCAAUGGAAAUGGCAACGGAAAUUUCAACUGGG